UUUCAUUGGUGAUAAGACUCAAAUGUCAAAAUGCCUAUAGUUCUCAAGAAUUUUUCUUGGAAUCAAAGUGAUAGUCUAGUUUUCAUCCAUGUACCAUUAAAAGGAGUAGGUCUCAAAAAUAUUGAUAUAUUUACUGCUGAUAGAUAUCUAAAGAUACACUCUCCUCCUCAUUUGUUUGAAAUCUGCCUAUGGAAACCCAUUGUGGAGGCUGAAUCCAGUUGCAGCAUUACAAAUGGGGAAGCAAUAUUUAGUCUUGUCAAGCAAACAGCAGAAACAUGGCCAUGUAUUGCUGCAGACAUAUCACGGCAAGAAGCAGUCAAAGUUAAACAAGAAGCAAUAGAAGUAGCGCAGGCUAGGGCUGAGGAACGCCGCAAAGAGAUUGCAGCUACAAAGGAUAAACGCCAAAAAGAAGCAGUUAAAGAACAAAUCCGUUUGAACACUGAAGAACGGGAACUAAUAGAGAAAACGAGGGAAUACGAGAAAACUUCAGCUCUAGCUCAGAUGGGUUGGAUAAAAAAAAGUGCAGUUCAAAUAACAGAGCUUCCUGAAGAAAAACAAAAACAUCUUAAGGCUGGUGGAAAAGAAGACAAGAGUAUAUUCAAAGAGAAGAUUUUGCCGGAGCGCAGAACCAGUUAUCUCCCAGCACCGAGACAGCCAGCAGAAAUCGCUGUUUCAUUUACCCCUCGGGUUUUUCCUACACCCUGCCGUGAGUCAAAAAUUGCAGAAGAACAAGAGUGGUUGAGCAAACAAGCAGAGGCUAGACGCAGGACAGGGUUCGUGGCAGAAGAUCUGCUACCUGAGGAACGAGAUCCACUUUGGCUUUGUGACAAGGCACAGAGUUUCUACGAUGUAGGCAACUACCUAGGAGCCGUAAGUGCGUACUCUCACGCUCUUACACUCAACAGUCACAUGUACGAGAUCUACGCUGGACGAGCAAACGCUCAUUUGAAACUUGGCAACUUCAACAAGGCUGUGAUAGACUCUUCUAAGGCGCUCGAGCUGCUGACUCCCCCAGUGCCAGCCAACGCAGCGUCUAGAGCCAAGUGUCUGCAGUGUCGAGGAUCUGCACUCGCAGCGCUCGGUCUGCACUCAGAGGCUGCAGGGGAAUUCCAUGCUGCACUCAAGCUGACCCCCGACUGUCAGGAGAUACAGCAGGCUUUAGCUGAACUGCAGACUGAAGAGAGCCAAGAUGGGUGCACAAGGUUUUAAUAAAGUGAAAAGUAGUGAACAUUAUUUUGGUUUCAUUGAAUGAUCAGGUGGAUUAAACUGAAUUGUUACAAGGUAAA